AUGACCAAGCUGGGUUUUUUUCGGCUCUCGUAUGAGAAGCAGGACACUCUGCUCAAGCUUCUCAUCUUGUCUAUGGCGGCCGUGCUGUCUUUCUCCACGCGCCUUUUCUCCGUCUUGAGGUUCGAAAGCGUCAUCCACGAGUUCGACCCGUACUUCAACUACCGCACGACCCGCUUUCUGGCCGAAGAGGGCUUCUACAAAUUCCACAACUGGUUCGACGACCGCGCCUGGUACCCCUUGGGCAGGAUUAUCGGCGGCACCAUUUAUCCGGGCCUGAUGAUCACGUCGGCAGCGAUUUAUCACGUGCUGCACUUCUUCCACGUCACCAUCGACAUCCGCAACGUCUGCGUGUUCCUGGCUCCCCUCUUCUCUUCUUUCACCACCAUCGUGACUUAUCACCUCACCAAAGAGCUCAAGGAUGCAGGGGCGGGGCUCCUCGCCGCCGCCAUGAUCGCGGUUGUGCCCGGCUACAUCUCUCGCUCCGUCGCUGGCUCCCUAGAUAAUUGCUCCUACGAUAAUGAAGGCAUCGCUAUCUUUUGCAUGCUCUUGACCUACUACAUGUGGAUCAAAGCCGUCAAAACCGGGUCCAUCUACUGGGCCGCCAUGUGCGCUCUUGCCUAUUUCUACAUGGUGUCCUCGUGGGGCGGCUACGUCUUCCUGAUCAACCUCAUUCCCCUGCACGUUCUCGUGCUGAUGCUGACCGGCCGCUUCUCCCACAGGAUCUACGUCGCCUAUUGCACCGUCUACUGCUUGGGCACCAUCCUCUCCAUGCAGAUCUCCUUCGUGGGCUUCCAGCCCGUCCUGUCCUCGGAGCACAUGGCUGCCCUCGGAGUGUUCGGCCUCUGUCAGAUCCACGCCUUCGUCGACUACCUCCGGAGCAAGCUGAACCCGCAGCAGUUCGAGGUCCUCUUCAGGAGCGUCAUCUCCCUCGUUGGCUUCGUCCUCCUCACCAUCGGGGCCGUGCUGAUGCUCACGGGGAAGAUCUCCCCCUGGACGGGGCGUUUCUACUCCCUGCUCGAUCCUUCCUACGCCAAGAACAACAUCCCCAUCAUCGCCUCCGUCUCCGAGCACCAGCCCACCACUUGGUCCUCCUACUACUUUGACCUCCAGCUUCUCGUCUUCAUGUUCCCGGUUGGUCUCUACUACUGCUUCAGCAACCUCUCGGACGCCCGCAUCUUCAUCAUCAUGUACGGCGUGACCAGCAUGUACUUCUCGGCCGUGAUGGUGCGUCUCAUGUUGGUGCUGGCCCCGGUGAUGUGCAUCCUGUCCGGCAUCGGGGUUUCUCAGGUGUUGUCCACCUACAUGAAGAACCUGGAUAUCAGCCGGCCCGACAAGAAGAGCAAAAAGCAGCAAGACUCCACCUACCCCAUCAAGAACGAGGUUGCCAGCGGCAUGAUCCUGGUCAUGGCUUUCUUCCUCAUCACCUACACCUUCCAUUCCACCUGGGUGACCAGUGAGGCCUACUCCUCGCCCUCCAUCGUGCUGUCCGCCCGCGGCGGCGAUGGCAGCAGGAUCAUCUUCGACGACUUCCGAGAAGCUUAUUACUGGCUGCGUCACAACACGCCGGAGGACGCCAAGGUGAUGUCCUGGGGGACCUACGGCUACCAGAUAACCGCCAUGGCCAACCGCACCAUCCUGGUGGACAACAACACUUGGAACAACACGCACAUCUCCCGCGUCGGGCAGGCCAUGGCAUCGACGGAGGAGAAAGCCUACGAGAUCAUGAGGGAGCUGGACGUCAGCUACGUGCUGGUGAUCUUCGGAGGCCUCACCGGCUAUUCGUCCGAUGACAUCAACAAGUUCCUCUGGAUGGUGCGCAUCGGGGGCAGCACGGACACGGGGCGUCACAUCAAGGAGCACGACUACUACACCCCCACGGGGGAAUUCCGCGUCGACCGCGAGGGCUCCCCGGUCCUCCUCAACUGCCUCAUGUACAAGAUGUGCUACUACCGCUUCGGCCAGGUCUACACCGAGGCCAAGCGACCGCCGGGCUACGACCGGGUGAGGAACGCCGAAAUCGGCAACAAGGACUUUGAGCUGGACGUGCUGGAGGAAGCUUACACCACAGAGCACUGGCUGGUCCGAAUAUACAAGGUGAAGGAUUUGGAUAACCGCGGCUUGUCGAGGACGUAG